AUGACGCGCGACGACGAGCGCGGGUUCCUCGUCGUGAGCGCGUUCGGCGGAGAGGAGAAGGCCGCGGUCGAGGUCCAACGCGCGAUCGAGACGCUCGUGUCGUCGUCGUCGUCGUCGACGUCGUCGUCGAACGAUGAAGACGGCACCGUCGCGACGACGGAACCCUCGUCGACCGGGGACGACGCGGCGGCGGCGACGUCGGCGCCGCGCCACGCGCGUCUCCUCCCUCGCGGCGACGUCGCGCACCGCGGCGUCGCGUGGCUGCGCCUCGGGCCCUCGAUCCCGCCGUCGUCUUCCCCGGUGUCGAUGUUCGCCGCGCUCAACGGCGUCGCGACGCGUCGCGGAUCCGACGACGACGUUUCCCCGCCGCCGCCGCCGCCGCCGCCGCCGACGCCGAUGCGACACGCGCAGCUGGUGUUCCCGAUAUCGCGCCGGUGCGACCCCGCGGAGGACGCGAUCGAGGCGUGCGUCCGCGCGGAGGCGAGCGCGAUCAUGCGCGGCGAGGACCUGUUCGACACCGCGCUGACGCGCGACGUCGCGCGCGUCGCCAUCAGCGUGCACACGCGAGGCGACGACAGCGUCGCCGCGGGCGAGAACGGGCCGGCGCCGACGCCGCGCGGGGUCGUGUUGGACGCCGCGCUGCGCGGGCUGAACGCCGCGCGCGCGGAAGCGAAGCUCCCGCCGGUCGUCGCGGAGCUGCACGACCCGGACGUGACCGUGUUCGUGUCGCAGUGGCGCGUCCCGGCGGCGACAGACGGCGGCGGAGGAGGAGGAGAAGAAGGUUUUCGCGGUCCGAAGCGCGUGAACCUUCUCGCGCCGAACGUCGUCGCGUGCGGGAUAUCGAUCCUCCCGAGGGAGCUGUGCGAGCGCCGCGCGAAGAACAUCGUGCCGUUGAAGCCGAAGCGAUCGGUCCAGGCGAAGACGCGACCGAGGGAGGAGACGAGGAACGCCGGCGCCGGCGCCGGCGCCGGCGGCGACGGAGGCCAAAACCAAAACCAAAACCAAAACCAAAACGCGGAGUGGCGCGACGGCGCCAAACGCCAAGCCCCGAAAGCGGCGAAGACGUCGCACGGCGUCGCCGUCGACGGCAAACCCACCAGCGCGCCGGCGGCGACCGCCGCCAUCGCGCCGCUCGCGCGCGACGCGGCGCUGACGCUUCUGGACGCGGCGCUGACGAAGCGAGCGUCGACGCCCCACCUCGUGCCGUACGUGCGAGACCCGUACCCGGACCCGUCGCUCUGCGCGCGCGGCGUCCUCGCGGCGAUGCGCAUGAAAUCGCCGCCGCUCGCGUUUCGGCUGAUCCACGGCACCGGCGACGGCGUGGACGGGAUCACCGUGGACGUGUUGGGGCGCGCGAUUCUCGUCGAGCAGCAUCGGCGGUGGGCGCCCGCGGAGCCGAUGACGCGCGCCGUCGCCGAGCGCUUCGGCGCGGACGUCCCGGUGUUUUUGAAGCGGCGAUGGAGCUCGGACCCGGCGGCGCGCGGCGGCGUCCAGGUCUCCGGAGGCGCGCUGCCGACGCCCGACGACGACGGCGGCGACGACGACGAGAGCACUCACGCGAACCGCGUCGUGGUCAAAGAGCCCGGGACGCGCGGAGCCGCCUUUGAGGUUUGGCUUACGGGGGAGGAACACUACGGCGUGUUCCUGGACUCGCGCCCCGCGCGCGAGCGCGUGCGCGCGAUGUCCAAGUUCAAGAAGGUGUUGAACUUGUUCAGCUACACCGGCGGGUUCGGCGUCGCCGCCGCCGUGGGCGGCGCGCUGUGGACGCACAACGUCGACAGCAAGCUGCCGUGUCUGCGCGCGGCGCGGAAAAAUUAUGCGCUCAACGGCGUCGAGGUCGACCCCGCGGACCCGCGCGUGUUUCGCCGCGCGGACGUGAUUCGGUUCUUGACGAAGCGCUUCGCGGCGAAAGACGUCGCGCGCGAGAAGAAGUACGACCUCGUCGUCGUGGACCCGCCGCCGCGGUUCAGCCGCAAGUCGGACUGGGCGUUCGAGGCGGAGCUUCACACCGGAAAAUUACUCGCGAUGUGCGCGGGCGCGUUGACCGACACGGACGCGACGUUGAUCGCGGGGAUCAACGCGCUGACCGUCACGGACGCGCGGUUCGUCGAGAUGAUCGACGAAGCGAGCGCGCUGUGCGGUCGGAAGCUCACGCCGGUGGAGUGGAUCGGCCCCGGGGAGGAUUUCCCCGCGUGUCCGUACCGUCCGACGGCGCGGUUCGUCGUGUUGAACGUCGAGGACGCGCGGGACGACGGCGGGGAGAAGGACGGCGCGACCGACCGGAGGGGGAGCGGUACUCUCGCGGACGAGCUCGGGCUGCGCGACGAGGGCGGCGGGGACGACGACGACGACGACGAUGAGGACGACGGGGACGACCUCGACGACGUCGUGGACGAGGACGACGACGGCGACGACGCGAGAGGCGAGGCGCCGGCGCCGGCGAACGCGAGCGACCUCGCGUGCCGGCUCUGCGGCGGCGUCUUCGCGUCUCGGAACAAGCUGUUCCGUCACCUCCGAUCGCUCGCGUGCGAGUGCGGCGCGUGGUGCGAGUCCAAAGGCGGGCUCGCGUCCGCGGCGGAGAUCAUCGAGCGCGGCGGCGACGCGGUCCCGCGGUUUACCCCGCCGCCGCCAAAGCCCGCGGCGGCGUCGAAAAAAAAGUCGAAGAAAGUCGCCGCCGCCGCCCGGGACCCGCGCGCGCCUCGCGGCGCGACGCGCCCGCCCGCGGCCCCGAACGAGCUCUGGAUCGGCGGCCUUCCCGCGGCGUACGCCACCGCGAAGCACCUGAAGCAGUUCAUCUGGUCGUCGCUCCCCGGCAGCAGCGGCAUCGCGCAGCCGGUGGUUCGACGCGUCGUGAGGAAAGGGUGGAGGGAUAAAAAAAACGGCGGAUGGGUCGGAUACGGCUUCGCACAGUUUCGCGACGAGACCGAAGCGCUCGCGGCGAUGGCGCACAUCGAGGGCGCGGUCCCCGCGGAGGGCGUGCGUCUGAAAGCGUCGCGGUCCACGGCGGCGGUCGAACCGUCUUCGUCCGCGCUGGACGACACCGCGUUGUUCGAGACGACGAGCGACGACGCCGACGCCGACGCCGUUUCCGCCGCGCCGCCGCCGCUCGCGCCGGGGGAGGACCCGCCGCUCGAUCGCGUUCUGAACGCUUGGCCGUCGAGCGUCAUCGAACGAAGAGCGAAACGCGCGGGGAUGACGCCGCACGCGCUGAGGGCGGCCGCGAAGGACGCCGACGCGAUGAUGAUGAAGAAGAAGAAGAAGAAGAAGAAGAACGCCGCCGCCGCCGCCUUCGCGUUUGAAGAGAGACGCUCGAGAGGCGCGUCCGUCCCUUCGUCCCUUCGCGCCGACCUCUUGAGGGAGCUCGUGCGCGCGCGGUGGCCGCCGGUGUCGCACCGACCGAAGGUGAACUCCGAGCGGUACCUCGUCGUCGCCGCGGACGUGCGAGGGGAACCGAGGGACGGGGAAGAGACCGCGGAGCGAGCGCGCGCGACGAACGACGUCGUGGAUCCGUUUCGCGAUUUGAAAAGAGCCGCGCUCGCGGUGCUUCGAUGGGCGGACCCGGAGUACCCGUGCGAUCACAUGGCGAUCACGCGUAACUUCGUCGGGUCGCCGCACGUCGACCGCGAGGACGCGUCGCAUCAGUACGCGAUAUCGCUCGGGGACUGGAGAGGGAAGGGCGGCGAGCUCGUCGUCGAGAGCGAGGACGGCGACACGCGGUGGGUCGUGGACACGCGGGAUAAGAUCGGACGCGUCGACGGCCGGUUCGCGCACUGGGUCCGCGGGUUCGACGCGACCGAGGGGACGCGGUAUUCGGUGAUUUACUACGUGAACAAGCCGAAGAACGCCACGGAGCGGACGUUCGCGGUGGACGAGGCGUUCGCGCCCGCGGGGAAGGGGCGCGCGCGGACGACGCGGGAACGGAUCGCGAAGGCGAUCGCGUGGGGGGCGUUCGGGUUCGUCGUCGGCGUCGCGUGUCACGUCGCGCCGCGAUGGGCGAGGGCUGUGAAGGGCGAGAAGAAGAAGAAGAAGAAGAAGAAGAAGAAGAAGAAGAAGGAGGAGAAGGGAGGCGCGACGCCGGCGAUGCCUCGCGAAGAAGCGCGCGAAGAAGCGCGCGAAGGAGUAGCCGUAGAAGCUCAGUGAGCGUUUCGAUUUUGUCACGACAAUAACGUGAACUGGAA